GCUGUACCCACGCGUUCUCCACUAACAGUUGGCGCUACUAUUCACCCUCUUUCUCGAUGCCUUGCUGGUUUUCUUCUUUUAGAGCGGAAAACUUUUACAAAUAAACAUCUGAAGUCAAUGAUGUGAAAGAUUUGUCCUCACAAAGAUAAAUUAAAGGCUGUGAUUCUCCAAACCACCCCAUACAACUCACACGUGUGGCGUUAAUUCCAAUAUUAAGGAUGAAAAAAGAGAGAUGCACCCAACCGCACACCCCAUCGUUCUCUCUCACCGGCUCACAUCUAGAAACAUUUCGACGCUGCGGAGAAAAGGGAAGAUGAAUAAGUGCUCCCUGAUUUUGAUAUUUACAACAAUUACAGGUUAUUUACGUUUAAUUGCCUCUUCAAAUCUGCCGUUACAAGCCUCCUAAUUUUAGCCAGAGCGUUUCAUUUUGUGCCCAUUAAUUGUCCUGGCAUUGAAAGAAUGAAAAUCUGUGGCCUAUAUAAGUCGCCAGAUUUUCAGAGGCAAAGCACGCUCAACCACCACAUCUUCCCUCUUUUGAAAUUCUCUGCUGCAGUGAUUCCAGGUGUGUAAAUUUUGGAGGGCCAUUUUCAAUAUGAGUAAAGGUAUGUGCUAAAGCUUAUACACAAUACGAGACUCGAAAGCGGAGAUGCGGAGAACAGGGAGUUUGCUGAUUACUUAAUAAAGGUGGGAGAGGACCCAGAGCCGAAAAUUCUUCUACCGCCUUCAAUGAAAAGAUGUGAAAAUCUUAAAGAUCUUAUAUCGACCGUAUAUCCUGGAAUUGAGGAAAUGGGCAUCCCCACAGCAAGCUAUAUGAUCGAGAGAACAAUUUUGUGCCCCAGGACCGAUGAUGUGACGGUAAUCAACCAAUUGAUACUGCAAAGUUAUCGGGGCAAAUACUACCUUGCCGUAGACAAGCCAGAUGAGAAUUUAGGCAAGGGAGCCUCCGGAUUCAAUGAACAGAAUCCCGCAAAUUGGCCAAAUGAAACAUUGAACCAGCAGAACCCCCCCGGAUUGCCACCGUUUAAGUUGGACCUGAAAGUUGGGUGCCUUGUUAUGCUGCUUCGCAACAUCGCGCCCACCAAUGGAAUGUGUAACGGCACCAGGAUGAGGGUGUAAAUAUGCAUGGAUCAUGUGAUUGUGGCGACAAUAUUGACAGGAGAUAAAGCUGGAGAAGUGGUUUUUAUUCCCCAUAUUUCCCUCAAACCGUCUGCUUCAGAUGUCGCAGUACGAAUGACAAGGAGGCAGUUUCUCAUAAAGUUGGCUUAUGCAAUGACAAUUAACAAAUCAGAAGGUCAAUCUGUAAAGUACGUUGGGAUAGAUUUGAGAAUCCCAGUUUUAAGCCAUGCCCAGCUUUACGUGGCACUCUCGAGAUGCACAGCUGCAAAAAGAAUUUCCCUCUUGCUGCCGGUAAACAAAACGGGUGAGGAAACGGAUAAUGUGGUCUACCCAGAAGUUCUCACAUAAUUUCCAAUUCAAAGAGUUGUGGGAGAGCAAGUAGGCUUAUUGGUACAAUUGUUGAAGCGGUUCAAGAGAUUGGGGAUGGGGAGAUGAUACUUAAUUUAGGUCGGAAGGAGAUGUAGAGUUUUUUAUUUUGUUUCAUUUCCCACUCCAGGAAAUGGACGGCAUUACCGCAAGAAUUUUUUUGGCGACAAAAUGUGAUCAGUUGAGGGAACCAUCGUUGAGGAGGUAACCACAUCUUCGAUUGUAGCACAUCUAAAGAAACGUUAUCAAGACCAAUUUUUUUUUUCUGGACUGCUGGGCGAGGCGAAAAUUUUGGUUAAAGUAACUUUUUUCGAAACUGAAAAAAAAUGAUGAGGAAAGGUGCUGUAUUAAUACCAUCAUUACAUUAACACCAUUAAUGGGCAUAACAGUAUAUACUUGAUCGAUUACACAGCCAAUCAUAACAGUAUAUAUUUGAUCGAUUCCACGGCCAAUCAUUACAAAUAUCACAUACAAGGAAGAAGUAGAACAAAGGUAUCAAGAGUGAAGAUAUGGCACAACAGUUGCAAGGUGGAGCACAUAGGUGCAUGUUGCCUUAUCUUAACAGGAAUAUUUCGAAAAUCACCCUGCUACCAGGUAUAUCGUUAAAUCUCUCUCAGAUGCACAUUCACAGAUACAGAAAAUUACUAGCAAGAAUAAAUUAUGCACACUUACGAAUGCAUGACAAUGGUGAUAAAACUUAUACAUGUGCAUAAAAUGAGAACAACAUGGUAGAGGACAGCGAGACGAUAAUCACCCCAGACGCCAUGCCACAACCUCCAUUACCUUUGAACAGGGAGCACAUAGUGCCUAUUUUUGAGAUAAAGUCUUCAAAAAGGGAGAGCACGAAUGAGGUUUACCCAUACAAAAACUAUAACUGAUAUAUAUAUAUAUAUAACAAAAACUACAUGGGUGUUAAUAAUCAUAAAUUGCAGGGAAAUAUGUCAUUCGCAAUUGUAGCAGAAAUCACGUCUUUUGCCGACAAAUGGUUGAUUGUAUAUUGUCAUAUAUGCUUCAACCAUAUGACGGAAUGGAAACGACAGGGUCUCUGCAAAGUAUGCUUGGCUACGGUCUAACCAACGGCAAGACUAAACCUCACAAUGGAGAGUAGAUAGAAACGUGAAAGGGUAUCACGAAUCUCCUUCAAAUUCGCGAUUUUGCGUUCCCAAAUAAGAUUCGUAUUAGGAACGCGAUCCUAACAAGCAAAAAACGCGCUCCUAACUAGUCAGAAACGUGUGCUUUCAAACUCCAACCAAUCCCAACAUAAACUUAAUUCCUACCACCGAUUUCCAAUAAAACUUAAUCCCGAUAUAAUCUUAAUUCCAACGUGAAGUUAAUUCCCACCGAUUUCCAAUAUUUAGUUUCUUGUAAUUAGAUAGCAAAUUGAUUUUCUUAUUCACUUCAGAUCUGGAUGCUGAAGAGAUGAUACAUCCAAUAUAAGGUCGUUACUCAUACUUCCAUAGUUCCAUUAAACAAACUGCUCUUAUCCCUCUAUCCUCCCCUACACCUCCACCCGCACCUCCAAGUUCACGAGAGCAGGAAACACAAGCACAAAGUCGAGUUAAGAGUGCUCGUAAGAAACACAAAGGACAAAAGAAAGUCAAUGAAUGAGAUAUAUUCCCCCACUUCAUCAACAUUUUCUAGAUAUUUAAGGUUUUUGUUUUAUUUCUUGAUUACAAAAUUGGAAAUUAGUAAUAUAACUAAGAUUUCUAAAAAAUGUUUUACAUUCCCGAUUCGUUCCUUGAAUUUCAUUUUUUGAAAAUUUAACGAUUUUCGUUUCUGUCCUCGCUCUCGUUCCCGUCCCCGCUCCUGGAUACUAAGGGACGGAGACGACAACUUUUGUGGCCGAUGGAAAUAUUGCAGAAGAUUUAUUGAACAACACGGUGAAAUCAUUGAUACACAAAAAAGAGGUUGAGGACUACAUAUUUACAUUUAGAAUCACAACCAUAUGUUGCUUUUAUUAUUUCGUUAUUUAGACAUUUUUUUAAAACGUAUUGUGUUUUCGGAGAUCAUAUGUUGAUCAAAAUGUAGCUGUUUUCAAUUCAAAGGUUAAUUGUUAAUGAAUUUGCCACUUUUGGUUUCAGUUUGACGUUAUAAUCGUAUGCCUAGAAAUUUUAUAAUUGGUGACAAUAUGACGUGGAGAGCACACUGACAACAUCGUACAUUUCAAUUGACAUGGAGGAGAGCAUAAGACGGACAACUUUUAAAAAAUGUUGGUAGCACACAGACUACAUUGUACAUGUUGGUAGCCAAGUGUUUUGAAAUGUUGUACUACCAAACUAGAACUUCUCGGGUAAGAGUUAAAAAUAUUUCAAUCAUAGCUUAUCGGCAACAACGAUAUCAUUUUCAUAAAUAUACCUUACGGUUAAUCUCCAAUAAUAAAAGGAUUUUCAGAAACUAUUCCGCACAUAGCUUACAUUUUACUUCCGUUUCGACACCUACAAGAGCUGGAUAUUGAAAGAAACUGAAACUGAAACUGUGAAACCAUAUGUACCAAAUUUUUUGUCUUGCAAUGAAUUUUAUGAAUCGUUUCAUUUAAUUUAAAGUUAUUCAUGAAAUGUUUGUAGAAAUGCCUCAGAGGUCAAGCGUAUUUUUUUGGAUGACAGUGUGUACUAAGCGUAUUUUUAACACAAAAUUGGUCAAAAAGACCAAAACACAAAAUUCUUGGGUGAAAUAGAUUCUUAGCUUUUGAUACUGUUUAUAUAGCCAAACAUCAGAAAUAUACUGUUUAUAUAGCCAAUUUGGAUAUUUGGUCCAGGAAAAUUAAAAUAAAAAAAUAUGUCUUACCUAAAAUACCCCUAACCUUCUAAACUCUUCUUUUCAAAGAGAAUUUAUUUCUCUUUUCAAAACCUCCCCGUCCCGGCAGAGCUCGUUUAUUCCUCACCUGCAGAAUUCGAUCAAAGUUUCAGAGCUCGUGUCUUUUUCAGAUCUGGUUGAUCAAUCAUGGUGAUUAAUGACUGUUGAAUAGUUUGUUGAAUCGAAGUUUCAAUUGGAGUUUCAACUGUUGAAUCGAAGUUUCAUCUAAUAGCGUCGAACGAUGGAUCGUCAUUUUCUCUGUGUGGUUAUCCGGGGUACCGAUGCGUGUCCAUACCAAGUUACUACGAAGUCAACAGUUGAUGAGUUGAAGGCGCAUGUCUGUUCUUAUUGGAAUAGCAUUUUACCAGACUCAACUCAGUUUGUAUUUGACUAUGAGGGGAGAAGCAAUGUUGUUGACAGUGAUGUGAAGCUCUGUUCUUUCUUGUCAUUGUGUAUUGUUAACCAGUUGUCUAUCUUGGAGCUUCGUUUAUUUGAACGUGUUCCUCUUCGUGCUCCUGAUUUUGUUCGUGAACCUACUACGAGCGAGUUUAGUUUAGCACCAGACCCUAGCAGAGCUCAGUUGGUUAAUCCUUGUCAUCUUCCGAGCAGCAGUAGAAUGAACGAGUUUCGUUUAGCACCAGACCCUAGCAGAGCUCAGUUGGUUAAUCCUUGUCAUCUUCCGAGCAGCAAUAGAAUGAGCGAGUUUCGUUUAGCACCAGAUCCUAGCAGAGCUCAGUUGGUUAAUCCUUGUCAUCUUCCGAGCAGCAGUAAAGUUACUCCUACACCUACAAUGACGGAGUUGCUUUUAGCUCCGUCACCUUUUCCUUCCUCUCAAGAGCUUGUUUCUUCUCAAGAUAUCCCCAUGUCUCAAGAACGUACAUACAAUGGAAAGUUGGCAAUUAAAAGAUCUUGCAAGGCGGCUGAAUGGGAGUUUAUUAUAAAAGGUGUUGGUCAAUAUUUUUAUGGAGGACGAGAUGAAGCUCGUCUUGUUGUUGAGAAAUAUAACCAUUUUUUUUGUCGCAGGGUGAGAGUCGUCAAGAGCAAUCCAGAACGAUAUACGGUCGAAUGUUAUUACAAGGAGAAAUUGGAAUGCGAUUGGAUGUUCCAUGCAGCUCCCAAGACUUCCAAUGUGAAGGGUCACUUAUUCCUCAAGGCCUAUAACGGGGAACAUAAAUGUUGUGCUGGAAUUAUUUUUUCAAGUAUUUCUCUUCAUUUUUAUAGUAUAUAUCUUUUAGUCUUAUGUUGAUUGUUUAAUUAUACAUUCCCUUCAGUUUUUCACUGUAAAAUUUGAAUGUUUGCGAAGAUUCAAAUUUAAUCGUACAAGAUGUAACCAGUUUCAU